AUGGUUCUAAAGUCCUUUUCCCCUUGGUGCACUGUGCUUCUUAUUCUUGGUGCCCUAAAUGGAUAUUUUAAAAUGAAGCCUUAUGCAUGUGAUCCAUCGAGCUUGCCAAUAUACCCACCUAGCAAUGAGAUUGAUGCGAAAAAUCGAGAGGAGGCAAAGAGAAAAAAGAUUGGAGGGCGAGUUCGUGGAUCCGAAACAAGAAAGCAAACAAGAAAAUCACUUGGAUGUAGUAAAUUAGCACCAGCAGAGGACUUAGCAGUCCAGUCUCAAGUUUCAUAUAAAAUCAAUGGUAAUAAUGGAAAUAUUCUUAAGGAAGAAAAUGCUAUCACAGGCAGGGAGUUGCCAAAGCCAUCAGCUGGUAAAGUAGAAGAGUCGUCGCAUGUAAAGAACGCAUCUCAAGGAGACAUUCCCUUCUCUGGUCCGUUAGAGGUUUCUACAUCAAGUGGUUUUGCAUGGGUAAAAAGGCGAAAAGAUGAUGCUUCCAUAAGAUCUCAUACUCGGUCUAUUUCAAGAGGACACAUUUUUAAUGCAAUAGAACCUCCGAUUGCAGUGCAUACAAGAAAUAACUUUGACUCAAGAAGGCAUGAAAAUGGGGAACUCAAGUACAGGGUGCGCACUGACUCUAGAGGGCAUGAUUCAUACGAGAUAGCAAAGCUCGCAAUGAUGAAGCAAUGGGGCAAGCUUGAGCAUCCAGAUUCCUUUGAUGCUUGGGAUGGGUACCACUCACAGGAAUUAUCAUUGGCACUUUAUCAGAGAGAGGAAAUGGCAGCUAAAAGUGAUCUGGGUUUUCAACUUCAAGAUCAAGGAGACAAGGUUGAAUUUUCCGGACCAUUGUUGUCUCAACCAUAUAGAGUUGAUGAACUUUUAGAAAGACAUGAGCGCCACAUCAGAAGGACGACCCGGAACUCAUGGUUCCAUAGAGGUAAGAAGCAGGGGAAGUAAUUGACUGAUAGGCCGCAUUUGAGUAAAUUAGAAAGAGAGCCAGUCUCGACAACGAAACAGAUAAUACAAGAGUUCAGCUUGGGAGCUGGCAUUUCCAACUAGGCUGCCAUAUCAACUAUUUGAGAAAGUGAAAAUCUCCACCACAAACUCGGUGACAAAAGAGACAGAAACUACAUUUCCACUUAAGGUUAUUUGGAAGAGGUGGAAAGAAUGGUAGAGAAUGAUGGG